UGUGGCGGGCAGCCAAUGAGCGGCCUGGGCCGCGCUGGGAGCCUGGCGGCCAGAGUGGUGGACAUGUACUCCCUGCUUCAUGCGGCUUGUCGGUCGGCGGUCCGGCGGGCGGUGGCGCGGAUCCCGAGGCGGCUGCUGAGUGAGGGGCCGGCGGGAGGAGAGGAGCAGGCCGCGCUCCGGCGGCGGCUGGAGGACCUGGUGAGGAAGGACAAGGUGGUGGUCUUCAUCAAGGGCACCCCCGCCCAGCCCAUGUGCGGCUUCAGCAACGCCGUGGUCCAGAUCCUCAGGAUGCACGGCGUCGAGGGCUACGGGGCCUACAACGUGCUGGAGGAUCAGGAGAUCCGGCAAGGUAUUAAAAACUAUUCCAACUGGCCGACCAUCCCACAGAUCUACUUUGACGGCGAGUUUGUGGGCGGAUGUGACAUCUUGCUGCAGAUGCACCAGAACGGGGAUCUUGUCGAGGAACUGAAGAAACUUGGCAUUCGCUCUGCGCUGUUGGACACGGAGAAGGAGGACACAAAGUAGAGCGGUGAACCAUUGUCAACGGGCCCCCUCAUCCUUACCCUUGUCGUGUGGUUGGCGUGUUUUAUUUUAGUUAUUGGACCUUGGCAAAGGCAGAAUGGUUUAAGAACUCCAUGGAGAGCCUGGUGGUGGUGUGUUAAUGGCACAGGAAAUUCCAACCUGUUGGACCAUGUAAAACGAUGAAACAGGUUAAGUAACAGACGCACAAUUGUGAUUUCCAUUGCUCUGGUUUGUAAGGAAUCAAUAAAAAUAUUAUGUUCUUUUGCUUUCA